AUGGAACCUUCUGCAGCCCAAAAGGAUGACGAGGAAGAGGUAAUGGAUGGCGUGGCUAAUGAUAUGGAGGUGGAGCUCAAAAAACUGGAAGUGUUUGAAUUGGAUUUGCAACAGGGAGAAGACCAGCAGUCGAAGAGAGAGGAAACUGGGAGGCAUCAUCCCAGCACACCAGGCGAAAAAUCCACAGGAGAGGAAACCAGAGAAGAAGAAAUUGGAGAUGAAUAUAUUUUGAAGGUAGUCCAAGACCAAACAACGAAUCAGCAUCAGGUAACCACCAGCACAACUCUGUCAACAGAAUGUGGUAUAGAAGACGAGCUUGCUUUUCCGCAACCAAGGUUGACUUGUGGGCAAAAUCUGCCAGAUAUGGCUACCAUGUAUCCAGGGGCGUAUGCAGUGGCCCCUGGGACUGAUAUCCAGAGAAUCACAACACUCAGUCGUUCGAUAUUGGGGCCGACUGCUUCUUCUGAUGAGCUGUCUGUUGCUGAUAGUUCUGACGAAGGAUUGGCGGUGGCAAACAAGGUUGAAGAAACUGAAGAACCUACACAGUUUGCUAGACCUAACAAUACACAUCGGAAAAAUGGAUCUACUUCUAUGAAUCUCAUGAUCCUUGUUCUCAUUGGUGGCCUCCCCAUGGUUGGAGUGAUUGUUGGUUCCAUCUGUGGGGCUGGUCUCUGCAGCAACAAAGAAGGCGAUGUGGAGACUCAGGCUCCCACUUCAUUUCGAUAUUUUGUUUUGGAGGACUUUCAAAACAGAAUUGAAGAGGCUUUUGGACCUGACUAUUUUUACAACAAUGAUGAGCCAGAACCGAACCAGCCAAAAAUCAAGGCUCUUGAUUGGAUUGUGUUUGAGGAUCCUCUGCAGCUCAACCCAGAUGCCAGCAAUCUUCUUCAGAGGUUCAUCUUAUCGUUAACUUACUUCCAAACAUCCCGGAAGAGUGAUUGGCUUACCUGUUCGCCAUCUACAACUGCAAAUGAUGAAACAUGUUGGAUUCAAAUCUUGGAUUGGGAAUCAUUGGCAAGUCGGUGGCUUAUGGGUGCCCAUGAAUGUCACUGGGCAGGAAUUUCUUGUGACGGAGAGAAGAACAUUACUCAGUUGCAAUUCAGGGACAAUGGAUUGAACGGCCCUCUGCCCACAGAACUUGCAAGUCUUCCAGCGCUGGAAAAAAUAGACUUUUAUGGGAACCAACUGACAGGAUUGGUUCCAAGCAUGUAUGGCAGCUUCCUUUCCCUUUCUUCGCUGAAUCUCGCCAACAGUCAACUGUCUGGUAGUAUUCCAUUUGAACUGUUUCGAAACGAGCUCUCCUUGCUAUCGCUUGGAAACAAUUCACUAACAGGGACAGUGCCCACAGAAGUUGGGCGCUUUGAUGGGAUUGCACUUCACUUUGGUUCAAAUAGCUUGUCCGGUUCCAUCCCUACAGAGCUCUUUCAGACUGGCAAAGGAAGUGAUCUCAGAAUUUUUUUGCAUGACAAUAAGCUUACAGGAACUCUACCCACUGAAAUUGGAGCAUUGCAUGGACACAAUCAACUCCUGGUCUAUUUGCAAGGGAACCCUUUGCACGGAACCAUUCCAUCCGAAAUAGGACUUCUGAAAGGCUCUCUGGGAGAACUUGAUAUCAGUUGGACCAAUAUGGAUGGUGCCCUACCGGAGGAACUCUUUACAGAAUGUACCAACUUAUUUUUGCUUCGUGCCUCCAACUGUGGCUUGACUGGGACAAUCAGCACUGGACUGCAACGUUGGACAAGGCUAAACACCUUUGACAUCUCCAACAACAAGUUCCAUGGCACCAUUCCAUCACAGCUUUCUGCUCUGACAAGUCUAGGUCGGCAAGCCCAAAGUAGACUGCUCUUGUUGUACUCUGUGUUGUGA